UCGAUCUGCCUUGCUGGACGAUGUAUGAUUUGACUUUGAGUCUAUUGCUACCAAACUUCACAAGGUCACUCCAGAGGGUGAUUUUCAAAAAAUCUCUUGAAGAUUUCAUUGGAAUCGGUCCUGUUGUUUCGGAGUAUAAAACAUACAUUUAUAUGUAGAUAUUGCUUAUUAUGUUUUAUUUUCAUUCAAAAGACCUUAGUCUAUUUUAAUAUGAUUUUACUUUAACCUGUAUCUACGACAGAUAAUGGUAGACGGUCUACCCUUUCGUGCUUGAUACAUGCGCUUAAUUUUUUUUAACGCACACCCAUCAAUCUUUAGUAAAAUUCAAAACUAAUUAAAUUACUAAGUAGCUGGAAUAAGAAGAAAGCAUUUCUUUCUGCCAAGCAAAGAUAACCACACGUUGGAAUAUUUCCUUUUAUCGUUUCUUAUGGACUUGUAUCUAUGACGUAAUUUUAACACGCUUUAGGCUUAGAUUAAUAUAGACAUCAUUAAUGUGGUGACGAGAUGAAAAUGGUAAAUAAAUUAGUUGGACGUACUAUAAACUUGACUCUUAAAUCAUAACGCAUAUGUAACGUUUAUAAUGUAAUUCAAUCGAAAGAAACAAAAUAUUUAUGCUGGCUGUACGUUAUUCCAACGUUAAUUGAAACUCAUAACUUUGCGAUAAGCAACAUGAGAUACUGUCGGAUAUUCACGAUAAUAAUAUUUACCGCGAAAACGGCAGCAGCUAGAAUUUCUACUGAGGGUAUUGAAUAUAACAAUCAAAAUGACAAACAACAGAUUCAGCGAAAUACGAGUCAUUAUAAAUCUAUUGAGAACAACAACGGGCAAAAGUUGAAAAGUCGAUGCUGCCCUUAUGAUUUUGACAGUAGUCGUUGUAAAAUCGUGGACGACAGAGUUCUUUGUGGAUACAAUCGAAAUGUUGGAUCGCCCAAAACGAAAGAGAAUAUUGUAGAUUUGCAUGGAGGUUGUAGAUUGAGAGGGGGUAGACUUGAAUGCGGAUACCAGACCGGCCCCUUUACGAACUCCCGAAGGCCACCGGCAACGUGGAAAAAUCUUCCAAACACUCAAGAUGAUGUUCAGUAUGAGGAUCAUAAAAUUGAAACGCAAAAAGAAUCGUCGAGUGAGAAAAAUGAUGCCUUUCAAGACAUAAAACGACUGAAAAUGAUCAAUACUCAUACGACAAAAGGAUUUGGUGAAGCAAUAACUAGAUGUAUUGAAGUACGCGAUCGGGUUGUGUGUAAACAGAUGUAGGUAAUUGAACGAAAAUCAAGGACAUAUAUAUAUUUUAGGACUAAAAAACAAACAAGUCAUGACGAGUGAUCCUGUUUUUAAUAAAAUAAAAUCUAUUUUUUAAACAAAUUCGAAUGAAUUAAUUGUCCUAUUGACAUAAACUUGUUUAAAACAUCAGAGCGGAUCUGCAAAUGCUUUAUGAAAAUGUAUGAAUCUAAAUUACAUAAUUAGGAGAAAAUUAUAAUAGAAGAGAUGUGUCAGUAGUAUUUGAAUAUAUUGGGUUAUAGCAUUUUAUUACACUGUUUAAACUUUGAACAUUAUUUAGAUGUUACUUAAUAAGAAAUAAAAUUUCUAACUAAAGCAAAGAGACUCGAAGUUUUUCAAAUAAAUCAAUAGAUAAAUAUGUGAAGUCAUCGCGUUUUAGAUAAGUAUUUUCUUUUUUUAAAUAUGAUUUACUUGCGGAGUUUGAAUUUAGGCAAAGUCGCAUAGUUCCCUUAAAUCAGCUUCGCUAGCAUCAAAUGCUUAAGACCAAA